GGAGCUCUGUCAGGGUAGAUAUCUGCGUCAUCGGGUGCCAGCAUUGUACUUCUUCGCUCACCUCCAGGGAAAUGAAUAUUAAAAGAGGGAAUUUCCGCGAAUGUCGGGGCAGUCGGUGAAGUUAAAUCAUCCGAGUGGAAGCUCUACAAUCUGAUAUAUCUGGCUCUGACGUGGAGAUCAAAAUCAGGAGAAGGGAGAUCUUAGCACAACACAGAAAACCCCCCAUGACUAUCUCUCUCUAUUUUUUUUACUCUCUCAGCAUCAGAAGACUAAAGAGGAGGCUCCAGUAAAGGGGAGGGUUAAAGAGAAGAGGAGGAGGAGACAGCAACAAAAAUAAAACAGUGAGGCAGAGAGGAAGAGAGGCAGAUAGAGAGGAGAGAGAGGACCGGCGAGACCGUUUGCUCAGAGAUGGAUUUAAGUUUGCUUCAAGCUCUGGAGAGAGAAAGAGUGCUGGAGGUUCUACAGCGAGACAAACAGCUGCGAAGCAUCGAAGAAGACAGAAUAAGGAGGAUGAAGUAUGAGCUCCAGGAGCUUCGAAGGAGAGGAGCAAAGAGUUUUGCCCGACAGUACGGCGAGCGGACCUGCGCCCGCUGCCAGAGGCCGCUGGGAAAGUUCUGGAACUCGGGCGCAGUCUGUCACGGCUGCAGCCACCGCAUCUGCAGCCGGUGCCGCGUGGGCGUGGGAACGGCGGACUGGAAGUGCACGGUCUGCCACGCCUACAGGGAGGUGAAGAUCAAAUCGGGAGAGUGGUUCUUGGACCAGAGGGCUCGUAAAUUUCAAGUCACCUCAGACAAAUAUGAGACUGUUGGAGAGAAACUAUUAAAAACCUACAACGUGCUGAGUAAUAUCUCAAUUGUACCUCCGACUCCUCCACCCAACAUGGAUUAUCACUUUCUGAGCAGAUCAGGGGAUUUAAAAAACUCAAAACCUUUCACCAAAUCUAUGGAAGAUCUGAUGCUCUCCUUCACCAGCCACAUUAAAAAGAUUUCCAGCUCGCAGAACGACGUGCGAGAAGACUUGCUGAGAGUUGAGAACUGUCGGAGAAUGUCAUGCUACACCACCCAGAAGAGCCUGUCCGACACCGACAUCAACAAAGCCGGCUAUCUCUUUAAAGGCCCCAGUCUCCCAAACCUGUUCAAGAGAAGCAAAGACAGCGACCAGGAAGGUUCCUCCACCGGGCCCGAGGAAGAAACCUCCUUCGGUUCCGAGUACUCCUACGGAAAGAGAGGGAGUAACAGCAGCAUCAGCACGGAGUGCGGCCUCUUCGAGAGCGUCGCCGUGGCGGGAGAGCUCGAGCUGGCUCUGGCCUACAACGCUGACACCACGUGUCUGGAGAUCACGGUGGGCGCCUGCAGAAAUCUCAACUACGGGGAUGAAAAGAAGAAGAAGUGUCACCCGUACGUCAAACUCCAAGUGCUGCCGGAAAAGAGCGGCAAGAUGAAGACGGCAGUGAAGAAAAACACGACUGAUCCGAUUUUUAAUGAAGUUUUAAAGUAUCACGUGGAGCGCCACCUGCUGUUUGGAAAGAGACUGCAGGCGUCUGUGUGGCACUCACGCACCCUGAAGAGGAAGACAUUUCUUGGCGAGGUCCUCAUCCCUCUGGACGGCUGGAGAUUUGAGGACAAGGCGUCCCAGUACUUCAACUGGUACCCGCUGUGUCCGAAGGUCGACGGUCCAAACGGAGGCGCCGUGGAUCACGACGGAUCAGAUCAGAUGUUCAAAGUCAAGUUGAGCUCCGGCAAUCAGGGUGUCUGACUCUGCAGAGACCAGGGGCGGUUCUCUGGACCUGAAACUGGAGCUGUGGGACCAAAAGCCCCUCCUGCCCCUCUGAGGGACCCCUAAAGACUUCCUUUAUCACAUCCUAUGUCACAUAAAUAAGCAUAUAAAUAAUUAAUAAUGGUUUCUAACUGAGUUGUAAGCAGACAUAAAGACAUCUUUAAGUGACUAUCAACUCCUCCUGUGAUGCAUUUGUGUCAGUUAAUGAACAACAUAACAUGAAAAUAUUGUAAUGUAUGUAUUUAUUUUACUGUAAUUAUAUUUAUUAAUAAAGUAUUUAUUGAUAAA